UCCUCUUCCUCUGCAUCUUCCCCAAUUCUCUCCAUCAUUUCAAUCAUAAUAUUUCAAAUAAACACAAAUAAAUAAAUUAACAACCCCUCUAUUUCCCCAAUCUCCACAAUCGUUCUUCAAUACUUAAUUUUUCCGGUUAAUUCCUCACGUCAAAAACUGAAAUGUGGUCAUACCGACGAAAAAACGACAACGACAACAACAACGACAACAACGAUUACAGCCCAAAAUCACGUAGACCACCUUCCAGCCCCAAUUUCAAACGCCGAACCUUCAAAGACAUCGAAACCUUAACUCAUGACAACGACAUGAUCGAACAACAACAACAACAACAAACCUCUUCCUCCACACAAAACACCUCCACCAAUGCCACCACCACCCGACCCACCGUCUUCCACCGCGUCCACCUCGCCAACCGCUUCACCCGCGCUUUUGCCGCCAAACCCAAACCCGAACCCGGUUCAGUCAAACCAAAAAAACUAGAAAAACUCGUACCCGGGUCGGAUAAACGGGUAGUAGUCUACCUAACAAGUCUGAGAGCCGUGAGAUCAACGUUCGAAGCAUGCCGGACCGUCCGAUCAAUCCUGCACGGGUUCCGGGUGCCAAUCGACGAGCGAGAUCUGUUAAUGGACUCGUCGUUUUUCGACGAAAUACGGAAGAUUAUGGCGCAAAUUGGGCAGGGUAGGAGUGACGAUAAAAGGGUGUCAUUGCCGAAAGUUUUUAUUGGCGGGAGAUAUAUUGGUGGGGCUGAUGAGAUUGUGGAGCUGCAUGAGAUCGGAGAGUUGAAGAAGUUUAUGUCCGGUUUACCGGCGGUGGCUCCCGGUGUAUGUGAGAUUUGUGGUGGGUUCCGGUUUACUUUGUGUGAAGAAUGUAAUGGGAGCCAUAAGUGUCCGUUGGAAGAUGGUGGGUUUACGACUUGUGUUGAGUGUAAUGAAAAUGGUCUCAUUAGGUGCACAUCUUGUUUGAGCUGAUAAUAAAAGUUUAAAAUUGAGCCACACGUUAUUAUCGAUUAUCAGAGUGGGUCUUUGAGCGGUGAGUUUUGUUUGAAAUGGUGGCAGGCCGGAUAACGAACGUUGUCUGCUUUCGCAAGCGUUGAUGGCCUGGGUAAUCGAGCUUUUGUUGUAAAAGAAUUUAUUUAGAGGAGGUAUUGGGUAUUUAUGUAUUUAUCACAAGUUUUGAUAUAUAUAUUUUUUGUUAUA